UCCUUAGCACCCCCUGCCGCGCCCCCCCCCCCCCGGUUCCCAUCAGGUCACACCCAGGGCUCAGGCCUCUCUUGCUUGGGCAUGACCCCCCCACCUCCCCGCGGUUAAUCCCCCGGCUCCGCUAUCUCGCUGGCACUGGCAGCCCGUCAAUCACCGAGCUGAACAAACUAACCUGAAACCAGCCAAUUUAGGGAUCAGUGUCAGGUCACCCGGCUAGUGAGCGGCUACGAUUAGCCCGUCCCUCCGUCACGCGCCGUCCCGCGGCACCGUCCGCUGCCUAUAUAAAGCACUUGGGGGCACGGGGGACUGACACAGACGGACCAUGGCCACCAUCGUGCUAGCCCUGUUCCUGGCGGGCUGCCCGCUCCUGCCCUGGACGGCUGCCUCCGCCGUCCAGAAUCUGAGCAGUGUGAUGGACGCCAGCGGUCACUGCGUCUGCACCGUCAUCCUGCCCGACGACACCUUCCCCCUGCGGCGGAUCGAGCUGCUGGAGACGUCCGCCCACAACCUGACCCUCCGUGUGCAGCGGGAGAUGGAGAAGCCCCCGGAAUACGGGCAGCGCCUGGCGUGGUACGAGGCCAAGCUGCAGAAUGCCAGCCGCCGGCUGCAGCUGCUGGAGGUGGGCGACCUGACCCCCACCGAGCUGGACUUCCAGGAGCUGCGGAAGGAGAUCGGCGACAUGGAGUCCUUCGUGGGCCACCUCCGCUCCUCCCUCAACGGGAGCGACACCACGGUGGAGGUGGUGCACCGGGAGCUCCAGAACAUGUCGGUCACUGUGAGCGCCCUGGAAUCCUACGACAAGCACCAGGUGGUGGCCAUGAGGCGGGAGCUGACCACGCUCAAGCAGCGCUUGGAGGACUGUCAGAAGGACAAUCCCCUGGUGGGACGGCAGCCGCCGAUCGGUGAAACCCAGGUGUCCUCGUUCCCCCCCCGCGGGAUCUGGCGGCUCAGCAAGCCCACGGUGGUGCAGCUCAACUGGCGAGGCGCGAGCUACAAGGCCGGGGCCUGGGGCAAGGAGUCGGCUCUGCGCGCCGGGCGGAAGGAGCGCUACUGGGUGGCCCUCCUGAACCUGGACGGCCGGCGGCUGGACUCGGUGCGUCUCUACGGCUCCUACCAGGACCUGCUGCUCUCCCGGAACCCCACGGACCAGCUGAUCACAGGCUUCGGGCAGGGAGCCGGGCCGGUGCUGUACAACGGCUCCUUCUACUACAACUGCUACAACGCGCGGGACCUCUGCCGCCUGGACCUGGAGAGCGGGGCCGUGGACCGCAAGGCGGUGCCCAACGCCGCCUUCAACAACCGCUUCUCCUACACGGGCACCAGCUGGCAGGGCCUCGACCUGGCCGCGGACGAGAGCGGGCUGUGGGUGCUGUACGCCACCGAGCGCAGCGAGGGCAACAUCGUCAUCGGCCGCCUCGGCCCCGGCUCGCUGGCCCUGGAGAAGACCUGGCAGACCUCCCAGUACAAGCCGGCGGCCACCAACGCCUUCAUGGUGUGCGGGGUGAUGUACGCCACCCGGGCGGUCAGCACCCACCGCGAGGAGAUCUUCUACGCCUACGACACCCGCACGGGCCGAGAGAGCCGUCUCAGCCUGCCGCUGGACAAGGUGACGGACGUCGUGCGGUCGCUGAGCUACAACCCCAGUGACCACAAGCUUUACAUGUUCAGCGACGGCUACCUGCUUCGCUACGACGUCCUCUUCCGGGCCUAGCGCCCGGCCGCACGGCCAGCUCCCGGCGCGGGUCGGCCUCCCGCCUUCUCCGUUCCUCCAACCCCCUCCCGCCUUUCCCGGCCCAGCCUUCUCCCUCCACCUUCUCCGGCCCAGCCUUCUCCGUUCCUCCAUCCCCCUCCGCCUCCUUUCCCCCCUUCCAUUCGCCCGCAAGCUCCCCUCCCCCCCUUCC